UUCCCUACUGGCUUUAUUAUUAGAAACAAGACAUGUAAACAGAGCUGACGAGCUAGCCAAAGCACCUAGGAAUCAAAGCUAUGUGGCGUGUUGACCGUACACUUGGUGCAGUUUGUUUACAAGUUCUGUGUUUAAUAAUUCACUGCGAGUGCCUUAGCCCGGCUGAAUAUAACAGACAGAGACAAAGCGUGUUACAAGCGGAACAUUCGAGGCGGUUCGGAUCUUCAUAUGUAUUGAAUGUUGGCGAGAAGAAACUUAGCAGGAUCUUGAUAGAAGCAAAGCAGAGAGAAUUCAACUCUUCGAGGGUUAAUGGAACCAUUUUCCCACCUUCAGUCAGCUUCUUCAAGACAAAGAAAAUCAUCGAGAAGAGCCAAGUGUUUCAGAUUAUACGACGAAUGCCCAAAGGUGGCGCUCUGCACACUCACGACUCGUCCAUCACAAGUCUAGACUGGCUGAUCAAGAAUGUCACCUACCGACCUGAUUGUUACAUGUGCUUUGACAAGAAGAAACAAUUGCAGAUGCACUUCUACAGUAAACCGCCACAGAGUAAAGAUUGCAAAUGGCAAACCGUCAAGACGCUGAGAGCUCAGUCAGGGAAUGUCGGUCUCUUUGAUUCCUAUUUGCUAUCGAAUAUCAGCAUCAUCGUGGACAACCCACAAGAUGUAUACGUUACCGUGAACGACGUGUGGAAGAAGUUUGGCAGUUACUUCACUGUGGUGAAUGGUCUGUUUCUGUACGAGCCUGUCUUCAGGGACUACCUGGUGGAGGCGCUCGCGCAGUUCAAGGCGGACAAUGUGCAGUACCUUGAAAUCAGGGCAUUGCUGCCAAAGCUGUAUGACCUCAACGGCAAUAAAAGUGACCCGGAACACACGCUCCAAGUCUACCGUGACGUCAUCAAGCGGUUUGAAAAGGAAAACCCAGAUUUCAUUGGGUGCAAGUUGAUACAAAGCGCCAUCAGGUUUUCACCACCGAAGGAUGUAAUGUCGUCAUUAUAUCAAGCAAUCAGCUUCAUCCGGAAGUACCCCGACAUUUUGCGGGGGUUCGACCUUGUGGGCCAGGAGGGCCCGGGUCACACCCUGUAUUACUACCUUGAGGACCUCCUCUACCCCUCCCAACAGUCGCCGCCUAUCAACAUAUCGUACUUCUUUCACGCAGGAGAAACGGACUGGGAGGAUAGCCAGGUGGAUCUGAAUCUCGUGGACGCCGUCCUGCUCAACGCGUCCCGCAUCGGCCACGGCUUUGCUAUCUACAAACACCCGGAAGUGAUGAAGAUGAUUAAAAAGAAAGAUAUAGCUAUUGAGAUCAACCCGAUAUCGAACCAGGUACUAAAACUUGUGGAUGAUUUGCGCAAUCAUGGAGCUGUAAGUCUGUUCGCCGACAACUUCCCGCUCGUAGUGAGCAGUGACGAUCCCGCCGCUUGGGGCGCUCUUCCUCUGUCACAUGACUUCUACAUGGCGUACAUGGCGUUGGUUGGGGAAGACGAUGGACUGGAGGUUCUCAAACAGCUCGCUAUGAACUCUAUACAGUAUAGUGCAAUGACCAAAGACGAGAAGCUGGCCGCAGUUGCCAAAUGGGAAAGCAAGUGGAACCAUUUCAUCGCGGAGAUGCUUGAAAUCUUAUAAAGACUGGACUCUUCCAAAUCCCACCCCAUGCCUUCCCAAUCAAUAUUAGCGGUUUUCUCUAUAAGGAUAUGCGUUGAGGGUGAAAACAGUCAUAAUCAAUUCCACCACCCGAACACUGUAAUACUAUUUUAGUCAUAACUCUACCCACCCACUCUACCCACCCCCUGUACCAGCUCUCUCCCCACUCCACAUGUAAUCCCACUCCACUCCUCCACACCCCAAGUCCUCCAAGUCUUGUCAAGUCAUCCAUCACCCCACCACCGUUGGUCGCUACCUAAGACUAUUCUGUGAGUGAGUAUGGUUUUACGCCGCUGUAAGCAAUAUUCCAACACCACCACGGUAGGCGACUCCAGAAUGGGUUUGAUUUCAUAUUUAGCAAUAUAUACAUAUAUUACAGUUUGCAAUUUAUAUAGUUUUAUACACAGGUUUACAGAUUUUAGUACAUGUUCACUGACUGCAUUUAACCGUCACCAAAUAUUUCUUCCCUUAUUACGAUAAGAAUAUAUUUUUGAUCGUAAAAAUGUAUGCGCUCAUGCUAUGUAGAUAUGGAUGCUGUAGAUUGCUCAUAUGGGACCAGUGAUGCAUGUAGCUCAUAUGGCACCGUCCUUUUAGAUGAACCAAGUAUUACUACUUAAAAGAAGGCCUUGGACAUCGACAUGAACAACGGCAACAACAGGCCACACGAAUACAACAGCUAUGCUAGAGGAAACGUGUGCUGAUUCUAAACUGUAACUACUACUACUACUACUACUACUACUACUACUACUACUACUACUACAAGACACUAUGCUAGAGGAAACGUGUACUGAUUCUAAACUGUAACUUCUACUACA